AUGUUCAGCAGCGGCCGCGCGGACGAGCUCUCGCAGGCGCUGGGCGACAUGGACAUGCUCCUCCCGCCCUUUACGCUGGCCAUGGACGCCAAGACGACGUCGUGCCUCAAGCGCCACGAGCUGGCGGGGCUCGACGCCUACAUGCGCAUCGGCCUCGGGCCCGAGACGCCAACGCACGUCUUUAAACGCGAGCACUACAAGCGCAUACUCAAGGCGCGCGACCUGGUCAUGAGCAUGAGCAAGGACCACUGCGAGGUCGUCUUCCGUCGCGGCAAGCUCUAUGCGACCAACUUGAGCCAGACCUCGACGACGACGCUCAACAAGCGUCACAUGAGCGUGGGCGUCCUGUACGAGCUCCAUGACGGCGCUGAGCUCUGCCUCUUUGGCUGGCUCUUCUAUACGGUCCAGGCGACCCGGUACGAAGUCGACUCGAUGGCCCAGCGCCAGAUCUUGCACGAGACCAUGAUCGCGUCUUACUUGACCCAUGUGCUCUUUAUGAACCCGCUCAUUACGCGCACGGUGAACGCGCUCCUAUUUGGCGAGCGACUGAGCUUCCAAUCCGAGUACCACGGUAUCGCGUCGGGCCUAGCCCUCUCCGAGCACCCAAUGGUGGGCCUCAAGACGGGCUUUGCGACCCUUUUCAACUUGCACAAGGCGCUCGUCGACGGCUGCUGCGUUCUCCACUUGGCGGGCCACGGUCUGCCCGGCCAGCUCUUCUUUGAAGGCGAGGCCAGUCAGCCACUGAUGGGCACCGCGGUCAACGCCGAGGCGCUCGACCAAUGUCUCCAGCUGGCGCCGCCCCACGCUGUGUCCGGCGUCCAGCUCGCGCUCCUGCUCGUGUGCCACUCGGCGUCCAUGGCGGGCCCGUUUUUAAGAUAUGGCAUUCCACACGUGAUCGCCGUGGACGCAUCGUCCAAGCUCCAGGACUGGGUGGCGCCUAUCUUUGCCCAGCGGCUCUACCAGGAGCUCGGGGGCGGGCAGUCGGUGCAAGCCGCGUUCGACCGCGCGGUCGCGUCCGUGCGCAGUCACGACCUCAACGGCGCCGAGGCGGAAAGUGACAAGAUUCAACUCUUGCCACACCACGGCGACCACCACGACGUCCUCUUCCCGUCGCUGCGAGGGACCGUUGCGAUGAUGCGGGACCCGUUCCUGAAGCGGUUUCCGAGUCCCUUUCUGCACUUGCACGCGGCCGAGACUCUGGAAUUUCGGCACAAGGAGGCCGUCGUCGUCUCGACCUACCUCGCGCGGCCGCCACACCACCCGUUCUUUACGCGUCUUGUGCUCCUGACGGGACCGGAAGGGGUCGGGAAGUCGCAUUUAGCGCGCGCCGUUGGUGACGACCUCGCGCUGCGCGGGUACUUUGACGGCGGCGUCCAUGUCAUCCACGUACAAGCCUUUGCUGACACGCUGGACACGGCAGUCUUGGGGCAAGACGGCUACUACGACGCCGUCCAGGCCGAGGUCUCGGUGCGGCUCAAAGCGUUUGCCGGCGCGAGCAAGAAGCAGUGCCUCGUGCUCCUUGACGGCUGCGACGUGCUUUUGCGCCGCCAAAGCGACUUUGAGAGCUUCCUCGACAGCAUUCUCAGCAGCCAAAACGACUGGAAGCUGCUCGUGACCACCUCGAUCGCCAAGGCGCCGCUGCUGCUCGGGUUUAGCGCGCAAACGUACGCGCUGCAGCCGCUGCCGUACGAAGCCAGCGCACAGCUUUUUGCCAAGCUCAUGGCGCGCGCACGAUACCCGCUCUCGGUGUACCACCUGCUCGACACGCCGGGCUUUGACGUGGAGGUCCAUGCCGAGGUCGACCUCUGGCGCAUUCUGGCCACGCACCCGAUAGCCCAACACGUGCUACGAGGGCUUCCUGGCACCAUCACCCGCGUUGUGAACGACAUCGUUGCGGGCCAAACGACAGUCGAUGCGUGGUACAAACAAUCCCUCGCGCCGUAA